AUGUUAGUCAGUGUUGCAACUCCGUCCAAAGAUAUCGGAUUAUCCCUCAUUGAUCAGAAAUUCCAGAAAGAGGAAGUGAAACAUUUAAACAGAUAUUAUUUUUCCUCUCUGUUUACGACUGGUGAAGUUCGUCUGUCGGCUAGACUGACAAACCCUUUAUCUAUCUAUCUAUCUAUCUAUCUAUCUAUCUAUCUAUCUAUCUAUCUAUCUAUCUAUACUAUUUACAUUAUUCGGGCUAUUAUCUAUUACCAACGACUUCGUCUUCAACUUUAUUUCCUAUCUCCUCCUCAUCUUCUGCGUUGCCUCCUCAUCUCUUUCUUUCUCGCCCUUUUCUUUCUUUCUUCUUUUAUUCAUAUCUUUAACAUCUCACUCUUUCCGGCUUUCUUUCUUUCUUUCUUUCUUUCUUUCUUUCUUUCUUUCUUUCUUUCUUUCUUUCUUUCUCAUCUCUCUCAUCUUUUUCUUUCUUUCUUUCUUUCUUUCUUUCUUUCUUUCUUUCUUUCUUUCUAG